AUGGUUAUAAUUUUUAUGCUGAGUAAGCCUUCUCUUAACGGCGAAGAAAUUGAAGAGUUAGAAAAAGAACUCAAGGAAAACCCUAAUAAUAUUGGUGCCUUAAGCGAGCUUGCCCAAUGAUAUGCGAGUCAUGGCGAUUACACAUCAGCUUGUCAACAUUAUGAAAAAAUUGUCAGGGUUGAUGACCAAAAUGGUAAAGCCUGGACAGCUUUAGGCCACUGUUAUUUGCUCAAAGGAGACUACCAGAAAUGCUUUACUGUCUAUCAGACUGCAAUCAGAACUUGUGAAGACAGCAAAGAUCCUCAACUUUGGUACGGGAUUGGGCUUCUUUAUAGUAAGUUUGAUAGUUUUGACCAUGCUGAGUCAGCUUUUCAGUCAGUAUUGAGAUAUGACUCGAAUUUUGACCAAAAGCAUGAAGUUUUGUAUAGACUUGGGAUUAUUUAUAAGCACAAAAAAGAAUAUUCGACAGCUAUUAAUCAUUUCAGAAAUGCAAUAUAUUGUGAGAAAAUUACGUCAGCAAAAAAAAUUGAUGCAAUGUGCCACAUAGGAAGCUGUCUCGAGCAUGAAAAUAAAUUUGAUGACGCUGUACAAAUUUAUAAAGAAGCGUUAGAGUUAGACCAAAAUAGCUUUAAGACAAGAGAGUAUCUUGGAUUUGCAUUGAUGAAUCAGAAGUUAUAUGAAGAAGCGCUAGAAAUAUUGACACAGGCAUUGGAGUUUUCUAGCUUUCCCUUCUUUUAAAACAAUUAGGCCAUGAAAAAAUGCCUAUUUUUGAGAAAAUUAACCUUUAAGAAUUACUAAAAUAUUUUUAAUAUAAAAUAUAUUUUAUAUAAGCUAUUUAUAUAUAAUUAAUAAUGAAACCUCUGACUCCCCCCCCCCCUCCGUGAGCGAACAAAACCAUUAGAAAAAUCGCCAUUUUUUGACCAAAAACCCACCCUCCGUGAGUGAACAAAAAUUUUUUUAAUAGAAAAAAUUUUAAUGGAAAAAAAUUUUGAUAUAUAAGUGAUAAUUAGUAUAAUGAAAUCUAGAGCUAAUUCUGUUUAAUUUUAAACAAAUUGCGUUUUAAAACAUAAAAUUUGCAAAUUAAAUUAAUAUUUGUUCCCAAUUUUUGCAAAUUAGGAUUUUUUUUAAAUUUCGAAAAAAAAAUUUUUUUUAUAAAAUUUAUAUAUAAAUUUUUUUUAAAAAAAAAAAAUUUAACCCCCCUCCGUGAGCGAACAAAAAUUUUUUUGUUCGCUCACGGAAGGGGGGGGGGGGAGUGAGUAGUUUAUUAAAUUUAGACAAGUAAAUGCUAAAUAUAAUAUUUUAUUAGAUUUUAAAUUUAUGAGAGAAAGUGAGCUGCCGAGCAACAACCGAUAAUGUGUUUAAAUUAAAUUAAAAUUAGAUUUUAAUAUUUGAAAAUUGAUAUCCGCAAUAUAUAUAUAUUUUAGCACAACAUAUUAAAAGCAAAUUAAUCCUCCUUUAAGGGCUAUCAAGAUUUCUCUGCUCGUUUUUAAAGGGAGAGUAAAGAAAAUUGUCUGGAAACUGGAGAUAUUUAUUACCUUAUAGGAAGAUGCCACUUGGAGAUGAAAGAUUUUGUUUCUGGCCAAGAAGCAUUUCAGAAGGCUAUAUAUAAAAAUCCAAGCGUGUAUAUAUAUUGGACAAGUAUCGGGAUUUUAUGCUUAAUUUGGAGGUGCAUAUAGGUUAUAUAAAAUAAUAAGCUAGAUUUCUAUGAAAAUGAUGAAUAGCUACUUAAUAUUUUAAGCUAAUUCUUCUUUACAAACCAUAUAUGCAUUAGCAAAUCAACCCCAAGAUGCUUUCGAAUGUUUUGUAAAAGCCUCAAAUAUCAAUCAAGACAGUGGAGACGUCUGGUUUAAUAUGGGAAUUCUAUAUGAGCAAUGCAAACAAAAGCAAGAAGCGUGCUUAGCUUAUCAGCGAUCCUACACACUAAAUGUCGCAAACACACAUGCUAUGGAAAGAAAAUUAAAAUUGCAAUCAGAAGAGGACUAUGAAAAUAUUCCAAAUUUUAUUCAUUCGAAUUUUGAAAUUUCUGAAGUGCCGUUUUCUGCAAAGAAAAAUGAUAAAUUAACCAAAAAUAUUAAAACACUGCCGGAUAUUACGAAAUUUGAUGCGAAAAUUGACAUUGAUCCUGGACAGAUGAAAAACGAAGAAGUGAUUGAUGAUCAAUUAUUAAAAAAUCAAGGAAGCGAGGACGAAAAAAGAGAUCAAGAAAGCAUCCCAAAAAUAAAUGCGUCAGAAUCAAUUAUUAAGCCCGAACCACAAAAUCUUCAACCUUCUCCUCAAAAGUCAGGGUUCUCAAUGCUACCAGCCACUAAUGGCAUCUCCGAAAAUUUUCCAAGAGUUUCAAUUUCUCAACCAAUUAAAAUGCCUCAGCAAACUGAAAUAAAGCCAUCCUUAUUUCAGCCAGCUCCUCCAGAAGCUCAAACCCCCUUAAUGCCUUCAACUCUCCCAUUCCAAAACCCUUCAAAUUAUCAAUAUCCCGUUUCACAUGAAAUUCCCUCAGUUCCUCCUCAAUACCCAAGGCCCGCACAAGCAUCCCCUAUGCUUCAAAAUCAAAUGAAGAUUCCUUAUAAUCAGCUUAAUCAAUAUCAACUAGCAGCUAUACAAAAUUUAAUGAUGAACCCAAUGCUUGCAGCCCAAAUGAUGUAUGCUAUGAACUCCAUUUCAGUCAUGAACAAUAUGAAAUACAUGCCAAAUCAACAGCAGAAGCCAAAAACUGAAGAGCCUCCAAAAGUGAAUCAAGAAGAAGAGCUCGCCAAAGCUUUGGCGAAUUUAAAUGAAGUUGAGGAUACAAAAAAACAAAAAAGGAAGCUUUCAUCUGAUGACACAGCAACAAAAAAGAGGAAAAGGUAA